AUGUGGAAAAACUCCACAACUCCCCCAAUCACGAGCUUUACGGACGACGGCGCAGAAGGGAAUCUCUUCAAUCUAGGACGAACACUGGCAUCUAAAACACUUGAUGAACCUCGACUGCGCUGUACUGAAUUUGACGAGAAUGGGAAUGUCACGUUGGUUAAUGGGGAGUUUCGGAAGAGUGAGCUGAUCGCUAAGUACGGUCUUUUGAAUCGCGACUUGCGAAAGAUUGAUUCUUCAGUCUUACCUCACAUCCUCGUGCGACCUAGUACAAUCUUGAUUUCGCUCCUACAUCUUCGCGUUCUGAUUAAAGCCGACCGAGUCCUCGUAUUCGAUGCAUAUGGUUCAGCCGACUCGUAUACUCAAUCUGUCUUCAUGUAUGAUUUGGAGGGGAAGCUGCGACAACGCCAAGCCCCAGGGUCGGGUGCACUACCUUAUGAACUCCGUGCGCUUGAGUCUGUCUUGAUCAGUGUGACCAGCGGUCUGGAAAGCGAAUUUGAAGGCGUGCGCGAUCCCGUCGUUCGUGUCCUGCGGGCGCUAGAAGAGGAUAUUGACCGAGACAAAUUACGCCAUUUACUUGUUUACUCGAAGAAAUUGGGUAGCUUCGAACAGAAGGCGCGUCUUGUGCGAGAUGCGAUAGACGAUCUGCUGGAAGCUGAUGACGACCUUGCUGCGAUGUAUUUGUCUGAUAGGGCUCAAGGGAAGGUGCGGGCUGAGAAUGAUCACCAAGAAGUAGAGAUGCUCCUCGAAUCCUAUCACAAGAUAUGUGACGAAAUUGUUCAAGCUAGUGGGAACCUGGUUACAGCUAUUCGAAACACGGAGGAGGUUGUCAAAGCAAUUCUGGAUGCAAACCGAAAUUCCUUGAUGCUUCUAGAUCUCAAGUUCAGCAUUGGGACCCUUGGACUUGCUGCAGGAACCCUAGUCUCGGCAUUAUACGGCAUGAACUUGAAAAACUUCAUCGAAGAAAGUGAUUUAGGCUUUGGGGCCGUGUCAGUAACCUGUUUCAUCAGCAGCAUCAUCGUCAGUCUUUACGGACUUGCAAAACUACGCAAAGUGCAGCGAGUAAGAAUGUGGGGAGAGGGCAUGGAUUCUGCUGGUAUCGGUCCACUUCAAAAUCGCAAUCUAGCACUGGCCAACCGCGGAAAUUGGCGUUCUGACGCGGUUGAGCCCAUGCUGGCUGGUCUGCCUGGUGAAGGGCGGUCUGAGAGAUUGAGAAGAUUCAAGGAGGCUGUCAAGUCAAAUGCAGCAAAGGGGAAUUCAGCUACAGAUGCAGCUCGCCGCAUGGCAAAUUCGCAAGCUGGACGGACAUCGAGUCAAACACCCGGCAAAAAUGGCACAAAAACAGAAGACAACGCACCUGACGAGACAACUUCAAAGGCAUGA